AUGAAUUGCUUGCGUGCCAUUGCCUGUUCGCCUGAGCCAAACGAGCAGAAAUCGGAAUUUCCACUCGUUCCGUCAUCUUUCAAUUUGGUGUGCUCGUCUCUCACUUGCCUCAACUGUCUUCUGCUGCGACAAUAUGCAUGCAUCGCCAGUCAAUUCGCGUCCAUGAGCAGUGGAGUCGGAGAAGAAGCGGCUGCCUCUACCAUACAAGCCCUAUUUCCGCUGCCGGCGCCGUCGCGUGCAAAUGGAAAGUCGUCGACCGGUUGCGCCCCAUCAAGCGCCGUCACUCAGCCGACAGCGGGUUUUCGAGCCUAG